CUCGUGGCAAAGCGUCGUAUAUGUAGUCUCGGGAUUCUUACCGGUGGAUAGUUGCCCUCACCUCUCAUUACAUCUAGUUUACUUGCCCAGCCCACAGACCUUUGCUCUUCACGCUUACACCCGCUUCACAUUCUCAUACCAGGCCCGCUCAGGUGUUGCUUUGUAUAUCUCAACGUGGCGAGUACACCCUGGUAGGAACAUUCAAGAAUAUAAUCCAGACAGAAUGAUUACAACUGCAUUGACAAAACUUCUGGGCAUCCGUGUGCCAGUAGUGCAAGGGGGUAUGCAAUGGGUCGGAAAACCUCCACUUCCUGCAGCCGUGUCGAACGCGGGAGGUCUUGGGUUAAUCACUGCACUCACACAGCCAAGUCCCGAAGCUUUGCGCACUGUGAUUCGUGAAACGCGCGCGGCAACUGACAAGCCCUUUGGCGUAAACCUCACGAUUCUACCCUCGAUUAACCCACCAGACUACGAAGGUUUCGCGCGUGCAGCUGUAGAAGAGGGCGUCAAGAUAUUUGAAACAGCAGGGAACAAUCCGGGAAAGCUCAUUGAGUUCUUCAAGUUGCAUGGGUGCAUUGUGAUACACAAGUGCACCACAGUUCGACACGCCAAGUCUGCAGAAAGACUGGGCGUCGAUGUUGUGAGCAUCGAUGGUUUCGAAUGUGCUGGUCACCCCGGGGAGGAGGACAUUGGUGGCCUUGUUCUGCUUGCAAGAGCCGCGCAAGAACUCAAAAUACCCUACAUUGCGUCGGGCGGAAUCGGAGAUGGACGUGGAUUGGCCGCUUGCCUUGCGCUCGGUGCCGCUGGAGUGAACAUGGGCACACGUUUCAUGUGCACAGUUGAGAGGUACGUCCCUAUCCACCAAAACAUCAAAGAGAAGAUUGUCGCCUCCACCGAAUAUGAUACCACCCACAUAUUCCUCUCACAGCAAGUCGUUGACAUCGAGCGACGGCCAGGUGGGGCGAAGUUUGAAGACGUCCGCGACCUUGUCGCUGGCGCACGAGGCAGAAUUGUGUUCGAGAAUGGUGAUCCCGACUAUGGGGUUUGGACUGCAGGUCUUGUACUUGGCUUGAUCAAGGACAUCCCGACGUGCGAAGAGCUCUUGUCGCGCAUAGAGAGAGAGGCAGAAGAGAUUAUCGGUGGGAUGGCCAAGCUGGUCAAUGCGAAGGCUAAGUUGUAAUGCUGUAUACCUGGUUAUUCGUGAUAUUUACCUUGCUGUUCAUUUUUUCGUAAGUACGUGAUGCGUAGGAAGUCAGGUGAGUCAAUAAAGCGUCUUGACUCUCGACCAGUUUGUCAACCCUUGUGGAAUUAUGCGGGGAGGAAGCCAGCAGGAAUGUAAGUCAGCAUCGAUGGUGGCGUGCAAUGCGGG